AUGGAGAAGAAGCUGAAGGUGUAUGCAGAUCGUAUGUCCCAACCAUCUCGAGCAGUUCUUACAUUCUGCAGGUUGAACGGAAUCGAGUUUGAGGAGAUCAAAAUUGACACUUCCAAACGCCACCAACUAUCUCCUGAAUAUACAGAUGUAAACCCUCUGCAGAAAGUUCCAGCUAUUGUUCAUGGAAACUUCAAUCUCUCCGAGAGUCAUGCAAUUCUUGUCUAUCUUGCUUCUGUUUUUCCUGGAAUAGCUGACCAUUGGUAUCCAACUGAUGUUUUCAGGAGAGCCAAAAUUCAGUCAGUAUUGGAUUGGCAUCACUCUAAUUUACGAUAUGGCGCAGAUCAUUAUGUAAUAAACACUGUAUUAGGACCUGCACUUGGCCAUCCACUGAAUCCAAAAGCAGCUUCUGAAGCAGAGAAAGUUUUAUUAUCUUCUUUAUCAAAUCUAGAGAAAAUCUGGCUAAAUGGAGACGGACGAUUCCUUGUUGGUGGCUUUCAACCGUCUAUAGCAGAUCUCAGUCUGGUUUGUGAACUCAUACAACUUGAGGUUUUGGACGAGAAAGAUCGCGAUCGAAUAUUAUCCCCAUACAAGAAAGUUGUUAAGUGGAUUGAGGAUACAAAAGCCGCAACAAAUCCUCACUUUGAAGAAGUGCAUAACAUCCUUUUUAGAGUUAAAAAGAAACUCCAAAAACAGCAAUCAAUGGAUGCUGAAGCUGGGACUGAGACUAGUAACAAGAUGGGGAGGCAUUCCAAGAUUUGA